UAAAAGACAUCAAUGACCACAAACCAAAAUUUACAGAAUCGCUUUAUCGGUGUCCUGUGUUGGCAUCCAGUGAAAUGGCUGAAAGGUCUCUUUGUCGGGUUAUUGCAGUUGAUCAUGAUGAAGGACCUAAUGGUGAUGUGGAGUAUAGUAUACAAAGAUCAAACCCUAGUGACUCUUUUCACAUUAGUCGAAAAACUGGAAUUAUCACAUCAGAGAAGAAACUUCAGCCUGGCACAGAAUAUGAACUCAUUGUACAAGCCAUUGAUAAUGGUGAGCCAAGACACUUUGUGGCAGUACGAGUUCUUAUUGAAGUUGUUGAAGGACCUAAAAUUUCUCUACAUCCUCCUGUCAUCAAGAAUUCAGAGUCGUACAAUGUGGUUACUGCUAGUGACCGAGUACAAGAAAUGGUUACAUUAAUUGAAACAGAAGAUAAGGAUGGAGAUAGGUUAUGGUUUUCAAUUGUUGGUGGUAAUACUAAUGAAACAUUUAUGAUGAAGAAUGAUGGUGGUGCUGUUCUUUUAGCAGGGAUGGUAGAUGGUGAGAUGUGCAGCCAGUAUGACUUAAAUAUCAGUGUGACAGAUGGAACUCAUACUGUUUACACAGUGCGAAAAGUGGAAGUGAAGGAUAUCAAUGAUCAUAGACCAGUUUUCAGCAAAAUUAAAUACAUGACAACAGUCAACGAAAGUUCUAAAUGUGGGAUGGAAGUAUUACAUGUGUCAGCAAAGGAUCAAGAUAAAGAAGAACAACUGUUCUACUCUAUAUAUAAUAGUGCCAGUCCAUCAAGUCAAGAACAUUUUCAUAUGGAUCCAAAUAAAGGUAUCCUGUCAAUUGCUAAGCCUCUUGACCAUGAAGUGUGUCAUCAGCACAUUCUAACACUUAUGGUCAAGGAUCACGGAAUUCCUUCUAAACGUAAUUUUGCUCGAGCACUGAUCAAUAUAGAAGAUCACAAUGAUUAUGCACCUGAAUUUCUUUCUGCACAGUUUGAAGGACGAGUUUAUGAGACAGCUGCUAUUGGUACUUUUGUAGUGCAGGUAUUUGCUGUAGACAGGGACAAAGGUAGAAAUGCACAACUAAUCUUUGAAAUUGUGAAAGGAAAUGAAGGAAAUAGCUUUUCCAUGGACCCUAAGAGAGGAAUUGUUUCAGUGGCCAAAGAGCUUAGUCGAAACAUUAUGCGAGAAUAUUAUCUCACCAUCCGAGCUACUGACAAAGGAAUCAUAUAUAAGGACAGCACAGCUAGUGUCCAUAUUAUUGUAACAGCACCUGAUAGUUCUGCUCCUAAGUUUGAAAAACAAGAAUAUAUCGUAGAACUCUAUGAGAAUGAAAAGCCUGGCAUUGUUGUUACAACUGUUGCAGCCUUCAGUCAGUCUGUAGUAUAUUAUGAAAUUGUGUCUGGUAAUAAAGAAGCAAAAUUUAUCAUUAACCCCCACUCAGGUGAACUUCAUACAGCUGCAAGGUUAGACUAUGAACAAACUGAGAUGUAUAAUCUCACAAUUAAUGCAACAAACCUAGUUAGUAUGAAUGCCAGUACUAUAGUAACAAUACAUGUACUUGACAGAAAUGACAAUGCCCCAGUGUUUCUUAAGUCAACUUUUUAUGGAGAAAUAAGUGAAUUAGCAAAAAUUGGAACCUUGGUGUUGACCAGUAAAAUUACUCCCCUUGUAGUCAGUGCAGUCGAUGAAGACUCAGAAUUGAACUCGCAUCUGGUGUAUGAGAUUGUAGAGAAAUUGGCAUACACUUAUUUCCAGAUAGAUUCUAGUAUUGGUUCCAUACGCACCAUUCGAACUUUGGAUUAUGAGAAAAUAUCAUCUUUUCGAUUUGGUGUCCUAGUGUCGGAUAAGGGUAGGCCUCGGCUUUAUGCUGAAAGAACUGCGGAAGUUUUUAUUAAAGUGCUGAAUGUUAAUGAUUGUUCUCCUCAGUUUGAGAAGGACACGUAUGAAGCUAUCUUGCUGUUGCCAACAUAUAAAGGUGUUGCUGUGACUACCGUUAAAGCAUUUGAUCCUGACUCUGAUACACAGAUUGGUGUAAAAUAUGCAAUAGUUUCUGGUAAUCAAAAAGGAAAGUUUUUUAUUAAUGAGAGCACAGGUCAAAUUUUUGUAACAGAUCCAGUUGGUCUAGAAGACACAUACAAGAUGAUAGUAGCAGCAAAAGAUGGGGUGUUUGAAAAUAGCACUAAAGUUUUAGUUAAGGUGGAGAAGGCCAAUUUUAGUGGUUUUAGAUUCUCUGAGGAAGUUUACAGGGCUUCAGUCAUGGAAAAUACAACAGAAGUAUGUAGAGUUACUGUUGUUUCUCUUGUAGGAAAUGCAUUAAAUGAGCAUGUGAUUUUUAGAAUCUUGAACCCAUCUGACAUGUUCAAGGUUGGGAAGACUUCUGGAGUAUUACAAACAACAGGACAACCUUUUGAUCGGGAGACAUUAAACCAUUACACAGUGGCUAUAGAAGCAAGAAGUAUGGCUACUGGCAUUCCUCGGGUAGCUCAUGUACUUGUGGAAAUAACAGUUUUAGACAUUAAUGACAAUGCUCCAAUUUUUGUUAGUCUUCCCUAUUAUUCUGUAGUACCUAUCGAAGCUCAACCUGGGGACGUGAUUUACAAGGUGCAGGCUAUUGACCUGGAUGUGGGCUUGAAUGGAUAUGUUCAUUAUGAGCUGGUUAAAGGUGAUAAAAAUCUGUUCAGCAUUGACAGUAUGUCAGGCGAGCUUCAACUACAGCAUCAUUUGAAUUCUCAUAUUACUGCCUAUGAAGUUGUUGUUGCAGCUUAUGAUAAUGGAAGCUUCCCAUUACACACUGAGGUAGUUGUGUUCAUUAAAGUUGUCAACAGACAUAUGCCAGCAUUUGAAAAACCAUUCUACAAAGUGUCUGUUCCUGAAAAUGUACAACCUAGGUCACCUGUUCUGUCUGUUGCUGCAGAAAGUCCACAAGGACGGCAGUUGAUAUACAGUAUUGUUAAAGGAAAUAUUGACGAAGAAUUUGGAGUUGAUUUCAACACUGACUCGGGUCAUAAUAAUGGUGCAUCUGUGAUCUUUGUGGUGGAGGAACUUGACUACGAGACCCGACAACAGUAUGAUAUCACCAUGCGAGCCACUGACUCUGUGUCUGGAGAUUAUGGGGAUGUUUUAGUUGAAAUUCAGGUGCUAGAUAUAAAUGACAAUGCUCCUAUGUUUAACCAACCUACUUAUAACGGAUCAAUCUCUGAAGCAACACCCUUUGGAACAUCCAUCCUGAGUGUGUAUGCCACUGACAGGGAUUCUGGAUCUAACCAACAUAUAGAAUACAACAUUCUUGGUAAUGCUACAGCCUAUUUUCAUGUUGAUCCUAUAGAAGGUGUAAUCUUCAUCAAACAUUCUUUGGAUCAUGAAACACAGCCCACACAUCAUUUUGUUGUCAUGGCAACAGAUGGGGGCUCUCCGCCUCUUAGCUCCACAGCAGAUGUUUGGGUCACAGUUUCAAAUAUGAAUGACAAUCCUCCAUCAUUUGGAAAUCCAUUUUAUAGAUGUGUUCUUAGUGAGCAUGCUAAACGUGGUCAGUUUGUUACUAUGGUUGUAGCAUCUGAUCCUGACGUCACAGGCCAGCCCAAACUGACCUACUCUAUUGUAGGUGGCAAUGACAACCAAGCAUUUUUAAUUAAUAGAACAACUGGUGUGAUCUCCUUAUUCAAUGCCCACCAGCUCUUAAAACACUCCACAUACAACCUGAAUAUUUCUGUUUCUGAUGGUGUCUACUCCAGUUACACCCUUGUUCUGGUUGAUAUACUGAAUGCCAACAAACAUACACCUGUAUUUACUCGCACAAAUUAUGAAGUGGCCUUACAAGAGAAUUUACCUUCAGGCACCAUGGCCACUACUGUUUCUGCUACAGACAAGGAUAGAGGAGACUAUGGAAUUGUCAAAUACUUUAUAGACAAUGAAGAAUGCUUAAAAUUAUUCAGUCUAAACCAUACUUCUGGUGAGAUCUACACAAAAUCAUCCUUUGACAGAGAGAAAAAGCACCUGUAUGAGAUACCUGUAGUAGCUAUAGAUGAUGGGGGACGUUCGGGUUACAGUACAGUUAGACUUACUAUCACAGAUGUGAAUGAUAAUGCUCCUCAGUUUUUAGUUGCAGAAUACCAACUUAGCAUUCACUCAAACAUGACUAUUGGUACUACCAUUUUAAAAGUGAAUGCACUGGACUUAGACUUGGGGGAAGCUGCUUCUUUAGAGUACAGUAUUUAUGAAAGGAACAAUUCUAACAUUCUGAAAAUGUUUCAUAUCACUCGUGAUCAAGGGGAGGUUUCCCUUAUGAAAUCUGCUGAGGAAUUAGACAACAGUGUUUACCAGUUCUUUAUUCAAGCUCAAGACAGAGGUUUUCCACCACAACGGACAGAAGUUCCAGUCACUGUCUAUGUCAAAAGCCCUAGAGAACAAGCUCCACAGUUUGACAAGCUCAGUUAUGAAUUUUUCCUCAAUGAGAAUUCAGAAAUAGGUAAAAUAAUUGCAACAAUAAGUAUUGUUUAUCCUGAAGAGGUGACUUAUUCUUUUGCUCCAACAGUUGAAGAGUCCAGUGCCCAUCUCUAUUUAUCAAGCUUCAGUAUUGACAACCAUGGUCGAAUCAUGCAGGUUGCAGAACUAGACAGAGAGGAAAGAGACACUUAUAAUCUGACUAUCCGAGUUGAAGCUAGCUCUCAGCCCCAAUUGGCAUCAUACACUGAUGUAAGCAUCAUUUUAAUGGAUGAGAAUGAUAACAGUCCAAUGUUUGUUUCUAAUCCUUAUCAGAUAAUAGUUGCAGAGAAUGUGGAAGAGAGUUACACUGUGGCUAGGCUUGUGGCUUUUGAUCUAGAUAUUUCUAACAAUGCUGAAAUUGUAUUUUCAUUUGGUGAUGAUGCAGAAGAAAUCACGAGGGUCUUUGAUCUGGAUACUCAUGAGGGCUGGAUUAUCACUAAGGCACCUCUGGAUUAUGAAAGUGUGCCGUGGUAUAACUUCUCUGUGAUUGUACAUGACAAUGGCUCCCCACAACUAUCUUCACAAACAAUGGUGAACAUACAAGUAAAAGACUAUAAUGAUAAUUCUCCAGUUUUUAGACAAAGUUACUAUGAAAGCUCCAUCUUUGAAGAUGCUUUGGUGGGGACAGUUAUAAUUGUAUUAGAAGUUAAUGACCCAGAUAGUGAUCCAGGUCAUGUUCUACAGUUUUAUAUUACUAGUGGUAAUCCACAAGAUCAAUUUCAAAUAAGUAAGACAGGUGAAAUGUAUUUGAACAAGCAAUUGGACAGAGAACAAACUCCUAAUUAUAAGUUAACAGUCACUGUCACUGAUGGAAGAUUUGUAUCAACUUCCGUUGUUGCUGUCGAGGUUUUAGAUGCUAAUGAUAAUCCCCCUAUUUGUCACUCGUCCAAGUUCACAGAAAUGGUAUCGGAAAGGAUUGAACCUCAAACGUACAUCCUGACAGUAAAAGCAACUGACAAGGAUGAAGAAAGAAACUCGCAACUAUUUUACUAUCUUACUGGGGAUGGUAAUGGGGAUUUUUUCAUUAAUCCAACGUCAGGUUUAUUGCAAACCAGCAAGCCUCUUGACAGGGAGCAUCAACCUCGUUACCAUAUCACAGCUCAUGUACAAGAUAAAGAGAAGAAGGAAUGGGAAUGCACUAGCUUGGUUGACAUACUGCUAAGUGAUGUGAAUGAUAAUUCCCCAGAGUUUGAAAGAGACAUUUACACUGUAACAAUACCAGAAGAUUCUAAAGUUGGCACAUUGGUUACAAAAGUUCAUGCUGUGGAUAAAGACUUAGGAAAAAACCGUAAAAUAGUUUAUUCCUUUGUUGACUCUGCCAAUGGUAGCUUCACCAUUGACAACCAGACUGGAAUUGUCUGCCUCCAUAGACCUUUAGAUCGUGAGCAGAUAGCAUUUUACAAUUUGACAGCUCAAGCUAGCGACUGUGGAACACCUCAGCUUUCAUCCAUUUCUUUUAUUUUAGUCAGAGUACAAGAUAUCAAUGAUAAUCCACCAGAGUUUGUCAGCAAGUUCUAUCAUGCUAAUGUCUUAGAGAGUGAUGAAGUAGGGACAGAAAUUAUUCGUGUCCUAGCAACAAGUAAAGAUACUGGAGUGAAUGCAGAAAUCAUGUAUUCUAUUGUCAAUGGAAAUGAUUUGAGCUAUUUUACUAUUCACCCAAAGUCAGGGGUUAUCUCUGUGGCAAAGACAUUAGAUUAUGAAGAAGUGAAGGAUUAUAUCUUAACUAUUGAAGCCAAGGAUGGAGGAACACCACCACUGAAUAACCAUGCCACUGUUAAUAUUUCUGUUGUUGAUGCCAAUGACAAUUCUCCUGUUUUUAAUCAACCAUCUUACCAAGCUAUAAUAAGAGAAGAUGCAUCCCCUGGAGAUAAAAUAAUACAGGUGAAAGCAAGUGAUAUUGAUAGUUCUCCAAAUUCACAACUGUUCUACUCCAUUAUUGGCGGGGACAAGCGAGGACAGUUUAAAGCUGACAAAGAUAAUGGGUACAUUAUUGUGGCUUCUCCCUUAGAUAGGGAAUUGGUUUCUACCUAUGUAUUAGAAAUGGAGUGUAAAGACAGUGGUACGCCUUCCUUAUCUACGGUUGUGCUGGUUAAUAUUGAGGUGUCUGACAUCAAUGACAAUCCACCUUUGUUUUCACAGGCAAACUAUACAUCCAUUGUCCAGGAAGGAAAACAGCGAGGUUUCAUCGUACUGAAAUUUUCAGUCACUGAUGCUGAUAUUCUCCCAAACACAAGUCCAUUUACUUUUGACAUUGUUUCUGGAAAUGAGGACAACUCUUUCCGUUUAGUUCAGCAAGAUGCUUCUCUGCGUACUGCAGUAAUGUUCAACUAUAAGUAUAAGAAUGAAUACAUUCUUUGCAUCAGGGUUUCAGAUGCAGGUGUACCAUCUCUUAGCAGUGAAACAUGGGUCACAAUUCAUAUCAUCAAAGAAAGCCAAUAUCCUCCUCUGUUGAGUCCUUUGAAGGUUGCUGUUAGUUCUUAUCUGGAUGAAUUUCCUGGAGGUGUAAUGGGGCGUGUCCAUGCCACAGACAGUGAUCCCUAUGAUAAGCUGGUCUAUGACAUUGUGUCUUAUCAUAAGCAUUUAUUUAAAAUUGAUCCAGAAGAUGGAACACUUGUAGCCUAUGAUGGAUUGGAUGUAGGAAGCUACAGUAUUAAUGUAAGUGUCAGUGAUGGAAAGUUUAUUUCAUAUGGAACUGUAUUGGUGGAGGUAUUUGUUGUGACUGAAGAAGCAGUCAAGAAUAGUGUUGGUAUUAGUUUGGAUGAUAUUACCCCAGAGGAUUUCUUACUUUCUUACAAGAAAGGAUUUCUGAGAGCAAUUAGAAGUAUUUUAAAUGUUGGUUUCCAAGAUGUGGAGAUAAUCAGCUUGCAACCCUCCCUAGAAGAGUUUGGUAGAAGUCGCAGGAGCACGAGACAGGAUCUAGAUGUCUUGUUUGCAGUAAAGAAUGGUAUCCAAGGGUUCUAUCCACCAAGUAUAGUUUUAAUAAAGUUAAAAGAAGAAAAGGAAUCCUUUGAAUCAACUAUUGGUCUCCUAGUUGUGAAGGUUACUGAAAAUAGAUGCACUAAAACCUUUUGUGACCAUGGAGAGUGUAUUGAUAAUGUUGUGCUAGACAAAGUCCAUGCUAUUAGCAUUACAACAAAGUCCUUUAGUUAUGUUUCUCCACAACAUUAUAGGCACUUGGAAUGUCACUGUGAACCUGGUUAUGGCGGAAGUCGUUGUGAACAUGAAGUGAAUGAAUGUGCACGCCGACCUUGUCCACAGUACCACAUCUGUAUUCCACAUGGAUCUUCACUAGGUUAUACGUGUAAAUGUCCAGAUGGAAAAACGGGUGCAUUUUGUGAUUUGGAGAGAGGAACUUCCUGUCAUGGUCCUUCAUGUUAUGAAGAGAAACAUCCAAUUUACUUCAGUGGAAAGAGUUACACUCACUAUGAACUGAACAUUCCCUUGAAUCGUCACUUAAGUGUGGCUCUGCGAAUCAGGACAAAGCUGGCAACUGGAAAUUUGAUGUAUGCUGCUGGAUUAAGAGAUUAUAGCAUUUUAGAGGUGGUAAAUGGUUUUGUUCAGUUUCGAUUUGACUUUGGCAGUGGAGAAGGUUUGAUUCGAAUAGAAAAUAUAGAAGUGAAUGAUGGAUUGUGGCAUGAAAUAAAAGUAGACCGCCGUGACAACAUAGCCGAAAUAGUUGUUGAUAGACAGUAUCGAAUAACAGGGAAGGCUCCUGGUGUUCAUGAACUUCUAAACUUAGAGGGAAAUGAUGUUUUCUUUGGAGCAGAAGUACAUAGAACAGCUUUGGAUGAUGUGAGAAUGGGAUUCAUUGGAUGUAUGGAUGACAUUCAUGUAGCAGGAGUCUUACUUCCUUUACAUUCAGCAGUGAGCAAUUCUAUUGCCAUUUUACGAAGGUUUGUUCGGGUGGAUUUCUUUUGUCGAGCUCUGGUUGACCCAGGAGUUUGUGGAAGUCAGCCUUGCCUUAAUGGUGGAACAUGUAAGGAUUUGGGAGACAUUUUCUCUUGUCAUUGCCCGCAUCGAUUCUCUGGUUCUCACUGUGAGUUUGACAGUAACCCUUGUGCCUCAAAUCCUUGUCUGUACGGUGGGACUUGCUACAAUGAAAACAAUAACUUUCAUUGUCAGUGUGCACCAGGUCUCACUGGCAAGCGAUGUAGUUAUGGACGAUAUUGUAAUCCUAAUCCUUGCCAAAAUGGUGGCAUAUGUGAGGAAGGAGUUUCUGGACCUAUUUGUAAGUGUCAUGGUUUCCAUGGCAAGUUUUGUCAAUUUGAUAUUGAUGAAUGUCAGGCUAACCCUUGUGCUGCAGGUUCCACAUGUAUCAACUUUCGAGGAAGCUUCCAGUGCCAUUGCCAACUGAAUAUGACAGGACUUCUGUGUACAGAAUCUCGCUAUACCACUUCAGUCACAUCUACGAACAUAAAUAUCACACAUGAAGAAAUCAUUGGUAUUGUUGUAGUAAUUGCUUUCAUAGUUAUUGCAGUCCUGAUAUUUGUCUGUUGUUGUCGUUUCUAUCAGUGGAAACGGCAUCACAGGCCUCAGAACAAUAGCCUGCAGGAAGAUUCAGCUAAUGAAAUAAUGCUGAAGAAUGCAGUGGGAAAGGACAACUUUAAUAGAAUGAGUAAAGUAAGCAACUUAGAAGUAACACCUUUCAUUAGACCCAUGGUCCCUCCUCGACCAGUUUCAUACACCCCCAGCACCCAGGAGUCUCUGAGUGUUAUUAACAAUUUUGAAACAGUUCACAGCUAUGGAAGUGCUGCUGAUGAUCUUGAGAGCAUUCCAUGUUAUAGCCAUGAAUAUUUGCAGAACAUCAACAAACCAGUGAUUAGUGUAGCACCUACUCUUUCUCCUCCACCACCAUCCAAUUCUGCAUCUGAUUUGGAUUCAGUUAUUAAAGAAGGUUGGGAACAUGAGAGUCAAAAUUCUAUAGAAAAAAUAUGUGAAAACAAGAUCCAGAAUGACCUUAAAUGUCGAAAAGUGGUGGAUCUUUCCCCACUUUCUGUGAUAGUUCCAAUCCUACCAUCUAGAGGCCCUUCCAGUUUUGGUUUGUCUUCGGAAUUGAGUUCAAUAGAUGAUUUUUUAGACCAGCCAAAGGAGAGAAAACCUAAGGAUUCUAAAGAAGGAGAGUUUAGGAGUGGAGCCCUAGGAUACCAUUGGGAUUGUUCUGAUUGGGCUACUGCUCAGAAACCUCUUGGUGACAUCACUGAAAUAUCCUUGAAAGAAAUUACAGAUUCAUCUAGUAUAGCAGAUACCAACAGUCGAGAUAGUCAGACAGAGCUGCUUCCAAGUGCUCUAGAUGCUGAUAAUAGCAUUGAUCUUGAUUCUGCCAUUUCAGACAUUAUUGGGGGUUUGGAUGACAAUAAAAGUCAAGCAGAUGGUGGCCAUUUUCAAAGCACUUUACAGAUAAGUGAUAAGGAGUUUCUUGAUGGAGAAGACUGCAUUUCUUCAACUUUCAACUACACUUGCCAUCCUAACCAGUACUUGCCCAUACAUGAGCAACACUGGAAUCAGUCUGGAAUUCAUAGACAAACCUCAUGUGACCAGUCAGAUGAUGAUGGUAUCUUUGCUUACGGGUUUCCAUCACAAGGUGGUAAAGAAUUCAUGGUUGAUGUAGCUAAAGAUCUUUGUCGGAACACUGGACUGGACAGUUUAUCAAUGUUGGCAGGAGGUUACACGUCCACUAAUGCUUCUUGUUCUGACCUCUCUGCCAAUUUAUGUGAAAUAGAAGACAGCGAAGUGAAUAGUGAUAUGGAGAUUGAAUUCGUGAAUGGGCAAAUAUCUAACAAGCUAGGAAAUCAAAGUAUUGGAACCGUGAUUUAGUGUUUGUUACCUCUCUACUACAGAGAAUUUAUACAACUAUCAUAUGCCUUGAAUAACUUGUCUUCUAAGCAUAAAAACAAGCUUCCCAGCAUUCCUUUGACACAAGAUCGUGGUAAGAAAAUCCCCAUUAAGCGGCUGUUUUUGUUUUGUUGAAAAACUGUAUAUAGUGCACAUUGUGCCAAAUAUGUAUUAUCACUUCAAUCAAAUCGGGUAGUUUACUUAAUUCUGUGUUACUGUGGAGCAUUAUCAUUACAAGUGGGAAAAGAACUGGUAUUUCCCGUGUUUCCAUUGUUUGUUAUGCGAUGUUAAACCAAGAUGUUUAUUAUUUUGCGUCAGUGUGUAAAGUAAAGAGUAUAUAUAUGUACAGAUAAAACAUGUAAAGUGGCCAGAUUUGAAAAUCUCUACAUCUUCCUGAAGAGGACACAACAGCAUUUUGGAACGUAAAUAUUAGUAAUGAUAAUCUUUAAGACGUAAGAUAUGUAUAGUAGUCAAGUUUGAAAAUCUUAACAGUUCCAUGACAAAUUGCAGUAUCAAGCUGAAAUAUUAGUAAUUAUAAUCUUGAAGACAAAAGUAAUGUACAAGAGUUUAGGAGGGGAGUCGACGAUUUCUUAUAAAAUAAUAGGGGAUUUAAAUUUUUCCUUUUCUCAGUGUUGGGUGUGCAAGGACAGUCUUUAAGGACCACGUGAUUCCUUUGUUGUCCAUAGGUUAUGUUAAUUCUGAGAUCUGUAGUAUUUUCUGAAGUGGUUUGCACAUUUAUUUUGCUUUUAGUUGAAAUAAAUAAUCUUAUACUUUUUUCCAAGUAAAAUGUUUGAAGAUUUCUAUCUUAAAGUCAGAUACCUGCUUAUCGAAAAAUAAGUUAGUUGGUAAAAUCUUUCUCUACAGAAUUAGUUGUAGAAACGCAGGGAAUGAGUACUUUUGAGGAGUUUAAAAUAUUCAACAAACUCCUAGUUUUGUUUAUUUUUCAGUUGUGUUUCAGGCUUGCUUUAUCUUUUUUUGGUUUUGAGAACAUUAUUUAAUUUAUUUGUCAAUAUAAUUCUAUUCAAGUGGCAAUACUACCAUCUUUAAAACUACAGUUUUAUGCUGUUUUGGAAAAUUAGAUUAGUUUUGAAGUUUCAAACAUUUUUUAAAUAAUUGAAGUAUGUUUUUUUCAGGAAUGCCUAAUUGUAUUGACGAUUUCAUAAACAUCUGCACCUUUCUACUAUCACUAAUAGAAGUAACACAUGGACUAUAACGCCCCCCCCUCUCCAUUCCCUAAUAUUUUAAAUAUACAUGUAUUUCAUAUUGAGAGACAAACCAAUAGUUAGAAUUGCGGACUUGAAGUCAGUGGUGGCUAGUUGGCAAAAAGCCAGUGGGUUUUAGCGUUUCAUCAUUGACCAUCAAGGAUCGCUGUACUUUUUUUUUUUGACAAUUGACUAUCCAGGAAUGAUUAUAAAUGUGUUUAUUACAUUCUUUUUUUUUUUAAUUUCAUAUUAGGAAAUGUAAUUAUCGUCACAAACAUAGGUCUAAAGUUUGACAGUGUAUCAAAUAUAUAAAAUUGUAAAUGCAACACUUCAUGUAAACUCACAUCAAUGGGUAGUUACAUCCUGCUGCUAAUUAUAUUCAACUCGUAAAUUGUGUUUAUUGUCAGAGGGGCAGCCACUUUAGCGUGCAACUUUUAAAGAAGCUUAAAAAUAUAUCAAGACUCCAAAAGAACUACUUUCGAGUCCUGUCUUUGGGUCCUGACAGUUUAGAGUUGCGUUUGUCAUGAAUGAUAGUUGAAGUCAUAUAUUAGUUUUUAAAUUAAUCUGUCCUUCAGGUCAGUUAAACCAUGAAUAAGUUGUAAAUCACUUUUCCUAUGUAAUGUGCUUUUUUGGAUUAUGAUGGACUCUUCCUUUAACUUUGAAACAGUUUUUUCUCCCAUGUUGAUUAUAUCUGACAAAAGAACUAUAUACUAAAGUGUAACGAAAGUGUUUAAAAGUUUAAAUCAAAUGAAUGCCAUGUAUGUAAUAGAAAGUUUGCCGACAGUACCUAUCAGUUGCUUAUCAUAAACCGGCCUAAAUGGGCAAUGAAAUGUUGUGGACAUGUAUUAGUAUAGUCCGAAAUAUGAAAUGCAAAAUGUUAAAGUUUUUGCGCAUUUUGUUUGAAUUUACCAUAAAAAUGUACUAACAUUCUUGUUUUUCCGCAUAUUUUUUGCUUAAUUUGUUAUCUUUCAAUCUCUUUUUCGAUCGUGGUUCGAAAAACGUAAACCAUUCUAGUCCCUGUAGACUCGCACGAAUUAUUUAGAUUUUGAAAUAGGAAUUGGAGCGUGCGCUAUGUUCUUUUGAUAAUAUCGUAACUCUUCCUACGUUAACGUGGUUUAAUUAAAUAUGAACAUUAUUGAUGUUUGGAGAAAAAUGAUAAUUUAUUACACAUUUCUUUGUCCCAAAAAUUGGACUGUGAAGGACCGCAAUCAAGUACUGUCCACACAAAGGUCGGACUGAGUUACUUUGUCAAAAAAUGUUUUUCUUGUUUUAUUCAAAUCAAAAGCUAUGUUUUAUGUUUGAAACUGUGAUACUUGAGCGAAUUCAUUCAUCCACAGUUAUGGUACUACCUCAUGGUUAUGACGUUCCAGUUUGAAUCAUAGUUAGAUGACGUUUAGUCACGCGAUGUGUAAAGCAUGCAUGCAAUGUGGUUAUCGAGACGGGGUUUUGUUUUGUUGAACCUCGCUCCAGGUUUUGUUUUUAUGAAUUUGGAGUUUCAAUAAAACCCGUUACGGGGAAGAAAAAUAUCUUCCAUAUUCCUUUUUUCCGUUGUAUUAUUUCUAUCUUUUCAUAAAAGUAUGUAAAUUAACGUCAAUAAUUUCAACUAUUGUAUGACGAAUGAAAGUGCUUGACACAGUUAUUGACCCUUACACACAUUUUAACUUAUAUAAAACUAAUGUAAUAUAUAUACAACAUUUGAACGAAGAAAGUAGCAGAUAAAAUGGAUCAUUAAUUUCUAUGAUUUUAUCUUCAUUCAAUAAGGAAACAAUUUAUACUAGCACGUGUUUUAAUAUUUCUUAUAAUUUAUUAGUGGUUACUUGUAAUUUAUUUAAUCAGGUAUUUGUAAUCUGCGUAUCAUAUGUUAUAUAGAUAGUUCCAUAAGGAGCGCAGGCUUGGCUACCAUAAAUUCAGCCGUUUGUGUGAACUUCACCAUUUGAUCCGGAUGUGUGAUUUUUGGUUCUUAUUUGCAGAUUCACUCUAACACCAGUUUGUUUUUGUCUUCAAUUCGGAACCAUGGAAACAUCAAGAAAAGCUAGUUUAUUAAACUUAAAAUUAUUAAGAAUUCAGUAUUUGGAAACAAGAUAAUUAGCACAAUUAAGUAACUCGCUGCUCUGUGUAAAAAAAAAAAAGUGUGCAUAAUAAAC